AUGUACCACAUUCAAGUGAAUCAGAUUACAAAACAACAUAUUUCACUUCCCUCGAUCUCCGCCAUCUCAAAUUUAAAUACAGAUGACGGUGUCAUCUAUAUUUAUUCUUCUCCAACAGUUUAUUCAUACAGUACAACUGGUGUUCUUCAACCCCUUCAAAUUCCAGAUCUCACUGGGGAGGUCAAGGAUAUAGUGUAUAACGCAGAUGCAGCGACUUUGUUAUUAGCCGUUGAAAACGGCAUUUUACAGUUUUCGUUGAAUAGUAAAAAUUCGGAGAUGAAAUUUGAAGCUAAAAAUAUCGAAAAAAUAAGACUGUCGGCGGAUUGUAAUUUUAUUAUGGUAAUUACUAAUACAAAAGUUUUUAUGUUAACGCCCGAUUUUGCGCUGUUAAAUAGUACUCCAAUGGAAAAUAUUGUCGACGCGGAGUUCUCGGCUAAUUUACAGUUUGUGACAAUUUUACGCAAAAACGAAGUCAUUUUCUUGUCGAACGAAUUGCACAUCAGACACCGAGUCGAUUUGGAAGAAUCACAAAGUCUCUCAAUCCGACCGUCGUGCGAAUUUGCGACUGUUUCUUCGGGAAAUAAGGUCCAAUUUAUUGAGGAAAAUUGUAACAUUUAUAAAACGUUUUUGCACGAUCAAAAUUGUGUGAUUCAACGAAUGCAGUGGAAUUCAACAUCAGAACUUUUACUGCAAAUCAAGAAAAGAAGUGCCAACAAAGAAGACGAAAAUGUUAUAGAAGUCUCCGGCUAUUGUUACGGGAAAUUAGUCAGUAAAUACACGAAGACCUUUGAAAGCGUUUUGGACGCGUUUUGGGAUGAAGUGGAUCCAAAUACGUUCCACGUCAUCUGCACUUCUCUGGACCACUUCACAUUUUGUUUUGUCGAGAAAAAAUGUUAUUCCGAUAACGAAGAAAAGAAUGUGAUUGUCCAGCCAUUUUCUGAAACAGAAAUUAGUAUAACGGACUUGAAUAAAGGGAUCAUGCCACCCCCACUAUGUCAUGGGAAAAUAGAAACAACACUGCAAGAUAUGCGGGUAGACGUUAUCAAAGGGAAAUGUUUGAUUAGUGUUAUAGAUAGUGAAAAUGUUAUUCAACUUUAUUUGUAUGAGAAUGGAAUAACGAGUUUGUGGAGGAAAAAGUUACCAGUGAAAUACCCGACAUCGUUUGUGAUUUUAGAUGAACAAAACGCACUUGUAGUUGACAACUGUGAGGGCAAAUUAAUGGUCUGUAACGCUUCGGGAAAAGACGGCGAAAUCACUCAACUUGAAAACGCGACGAAAAACGUUUUGGUGAAGGCAAGUGAUAUUGAUUGGCUAACAAAAUCGUCUGAUUUCGUUUAUAUGAAGUUGAAAGACAACAGAAUGGUACGAACAUCGUUUUGUCUUGACACGAUAGAAAUAGCCGAAGAUAUGAAAAUAGAUGGAAAAUGUGAAGCUUUCGAGAUCAAGUCCGUCAAAUCCCACGACGAAUUAUACUAUUUAAAGAACCAUAAAUUCUUUCAUAAUCUCACCCUGCUUGCCGAGAAAGUGAAUUCAUUCAUCGUUCGUGGCGAUUACGUGUAUUACACCACUCUCGACCACAGACUUUUCGCUUCAAAUGUACUCAACAAAACGAUCUACAAUCGCGCGACCGAAAGAGGGAGUGUCAUCGUCGGGUUCUUAGAGAAAGACACCAAAUUGAUUCUUCAAAUGCCACGUGGUAAUUUAGAAGUGAUUCAUCCACGUGGCGUUGUGUUGGACAUAGUCAUUAGUUUAUUUGCAAGGAAGGGGUAUGCUGAGAUGUUUGAAGUGAUUCGUCGCAAUAAAGUGAAUUAUAAUUUUAUAAGGAAUUAUAAUACAAAACAAAUAGUUGAAGAUGUCCCAUUGAUAGUGACACCAGAAGUCAAGUCUGAGAAUGUGAAUGCGUUUUUGUUGUCACUUGAGAACGGAGUCUUAGGAGAACCAUAUUCGUUUUACUUGAAAGAAGACACAGAAGAGCACACGGAAGAGACUCGACAGAUCGCUCUUGCUGUACGUCACUACUUAAGUGAGAUCCAUUACCCAGAAGCGUUUGUUAAGACGUAUUUGGCGACGUUCUUGUUACUGCAACCAGUCGAUUUUGCAGAGGUGUUAGUUCACUUAUUUAACUUCAAUGAAGAGGGAAAGAAAGACGGAAUAGUCUAUCUCGGCACUUUCUUCCCUAUUAACGCUAUUUUUAAAUCCGCUUUAUUAACAAAAUCAAAGAAAAUUGCAAAGUUUGUGAUAUCGUAUUCUUCACUCGAUCCAAAGGAAUAUGAGGAGCAGAUUAAUGCUCUCGAAUUCGAAUAA